AAUUUUAUAAAUUUAGGAAGAUUUCCAAUUUAUUAAAGAAAGUACAUUAAUUAAUUUCUUUACUUUUAACACUUUGUGGUCUGCCGAUGGCACUUACACGUUGUGGUCUAAUGUCAUGGGUGGCCAAUAGUAUUGCCAUAUGGUAUAGUUUUUUGGUAAUGGAUACAAUAACUAAAUAAUCACUGGAUACCCUAUCCAAUCUAACGAUGUAUUUUUUUAUAUGAAAAACAAGAUUGCAAAAUGUUUUAUCGCUUUGGUAAAUAGUGAUUUCAGAACUCAACUCAAGGAGGAGAUCUACGUGUAAUUUACAAGAACUUGUAGCUGGCUACCAUAGAAUUAGUUUAUAGCAUUAAAAUACAAGUGAAAGAUAAAAUUGCUUCAUAAUAUCAUGUUAUUUUCUACUUGUAUUAGGUUGAAAUAUAAAUAUAAGAUGAUGUAGAGCUAUAUUGACAGCAUUCAGCUAUGGAUUUUAAAGCGACAUAGAAAUAUGUUAAGGACUGUCAACCCGUUAUGGGACAAACUUACCAAAAAGUAUUUAAAAAUUCUUAUACAUGUCCUUAUGCUGGUUUUAGUUUUUACAUUGGAAAUCUCUAAAUGAAGUGUCCAUUUCAUAGGAAAACUUGUUGACUAGGCAGUCUUGGGUGGAUUUAUAUACACCGUGAAACAUGGUGACUUAGUCUUCUUGCUGGCCGCAAAGUGUUAAGUCUUUAUCAAAAUGAUCAAAGUCUUCGCGUUCUGGCAAAGAUCGGUCAAAUAGAUCGCGAUCGAGAGAACGUAAGGAGAAGGAAAAGGGUGACAGCGAUGAAUUGCCAUUUGACCAUACUAAGCUGGACAAGGAGGAAGAACAGAAAAGGUUAGAAUUGGAAAUGCAAAAACGAAGAGAAAGAAUAGAGCGGUGGCGUGCAGAAAGGAAAAAGAAAGAGCUAGAGGCAACCAAGAAAGAUGGUAAGGCAUCCAUUUUAGCAAACCUUCAGCUGCCUAUGAAAAAAUGGUCUCUAGAAGAUGACAGUGAUGAAGAGACUCCUGUUGUUCAGAACAGCAACAAGGAAGUCAAGGAAGAAGGAGACCCGAAAGAAGAAGUUGAAGAAAUUAAGGAAGAAACUAAGGGCGAAGAAGAAGAAGUCGAUCCACUGGAUGCUUUCAUGGCAGAAGUUCAAGAAGAAGUCAGAAAAGUAAACAAACUCGACAACAAAGGUUCAAAGAAUACAAAUAAUGGCACAGGUACAGGAGGUACUCAAAGCGGAGGUGUUGUUAUCGUCACCGGCGUAGCCAAGAAGAAAGUGCAGAAACAGAAAGGAGAACUUAUCGAACAGAAUCAAGACGGUUUGGAAUAUUCUAGCGAAGAAGAAGGAGAAAACCUACACGAAACAGCAGCUGGUAUAGCGAAUAAACAGAAACGAGAACUAGCCAAAGUCGACCAUGCGACUACCGAGUACCAACCGUUUAGAAAAUCAUUUUAUGUCGAAGUACCUGAAAUAGCGAGAAUGACAUCCGAAGAAGUAGAAGCGUACAAAGAAGAAUUGGAAGGUAUUCGCGUGAAAGGAAAGGGCUGUCCUAAACCUAUCAAGUCAUGGGCACAGUGUGGCGUAACGAAGAAAGAGUUGGAAGUGCUGAAGAAACUCGGCUACGAGAAGCCAACUCCUAUCCAGUGCCAAGCCAUUCCAGCAAUCAUGUCUGGUCGCGACCUGAUAGGCAUAGCGAAGACGGGCAGCGGGAAAACGUUGGCGUUCCUACUACCAAUGUUUAGGCACAUUCUCGAUCAACCUCCCUUGGCGGAUGGCGACGGCCCAAUCGCGUUAAUCAUGACACCCACCAGAGAAUUGUGUAUGCAGAUUGGGAGGGACUCGAAAAAGUUUACGAAGUCGUUGGGAUUAUCACACGUCUGCGUCUACGGUGGAACAGGUAUAUCCGAACAAAUAGCGGAGUUGAAGAGAGGCGCCGAAAUAAUAGUCUGUACACCAGGGAGAAUGAUCGACAUGCUUGCUGCUAAUAGUGGACGAGUGACGAACUUACGCAGGGUGACCUACGUGGUACUCGACGAGGCAGACAGAAUGUUCGACAUGGGUUUUGAGCCCCAAGUGAUGCGCAUCAUGGAAAACGUUCGACCUGAUCGGCAAACCGUUCUAUUCAGCGCUACAUUUCCCCGACAAAUGGAAGCACUGGCUAGAAGAAUCCUAACGAGACCCGUAGAGGUUCAGGUUGGAGGACGGUCCAUCGUUUGCAAGGACGUCGAGCAACACGUAGUAGUCCUUGAGGAGGAUCAAAAGUUCUACAAGUUGCUCGAGAUUCUUGGCCACUACCAAGACAAAGGUUCCACUAUAAUAUUCGUUGACAAACAAGAGAACGCUGACACACUUCUGAAAGAUCUUAUGAAGGCUUCCUACUCGUGUAUGUCACUUCAUGGCGGUAUCGAUCAAUGCGAUAGGGACUCGACCAUAUUAGACUUCAAAGCUGGACGAACGAAAUUAUUGGUUGCAACGUCCGUCGCUGCGAGAGGUUUAGACGUCAAACACCUUGUUCUCGUGGUGAAUUAUGACUGUCCAAAUCAUUAUGAAGAUUACGUCCAUAGGUGCGGAAGAACGGGAAGAGCUGGUAACAAAGGGUACGCGUACACGUUCAUCACAUCAGAACAGGAACGAUACGCUGGCGAUAUUCUCCGUGCUCACGAAUUGGCGGGAGUUCCCGUUCCAGAACCGUUGCGCCAGCUUUGGGAAGGAUACAAAGCCCGACAAGCAGCUGACGGGAAGAAAGUGCACACAGGAGGUGGUUUCAGUGGUAAAGGAUUCAAGUUUGAUGAGUCAGAGGCAGCCCUGGCGAACGAAAAGAAGAAAUUCCAGAAAGCAGCUCUGGGACUGCAAGACUCCGACGACGAGGACAUAGAAAAUGACAUAGACCAGCAGAUAGAGAGCAUGUUGGCGCCAAAGAGAACGGUUCGCGAAAUCGCUAGACCCUCUGCCACCAAUAUUGCGGUUCCUGGCCAACCGGUCCCUAGCGCAACCGAUAAAUUGGAAUUGGCUAGGCGAUUAGCGUCCAAGAUCAACAUUGCCAAAAAUUUGGGAGCUGAAGCGAAGGGUGCGACGCAACAGGCUGCUGAGGCUAUUCUCAAAGGAGCUGGUCCCACUAAUCUCAUCACAGCGAAGACCGUCGCUGAGCAGCUUGCUGCGAAGCUGAACACCAAGUUGAACUAUCAGCCUCGCGAGGAAGAUCUCGUGGAGAGCGAUGCAGAGGCUGGUGAACAGACGUUUCGUAAAUACGAAGAAGAACUGGAGAUCAAUGAUUUUCCACAGCAGGCCAGAUGGCGAGUUACUAGCAAGGAAGCUCUCGCGCAAAUUUCCGAGUACUCCGAAGCUGGUCUCACUGUUAGGGGCACUUACAUCGCUCCUGGCAAGGCUCCACCGGAAGGGGAGAGAAAGUUGUACCUCGCCAUCGAGUCCACUAGCGAAUUAGCGGUCAGCAAGGCCAAGGCUGAGGUCUCGCGACUCAUCAAGGAAGAACUAAUCAAGUUGCAAGCGUCAGGGGCACACACCGCGUCCCGCGGUCGAUACAAAGUUUUGUAAAGAAGUUCUGUUUCAAUUGUAUAUGCAAUCUUACGCGUUAUAGUACAUUGAUUUCAUCGAACUGCGUAUGAGUAAAAUUAGAGAUUUAUUAUUAAACUUACAAAUGACUAUACAAACACUUUGUAUUUAACGGUACAAUAACGAAGUAUACGUAACAUUUACGGAAGUAACGAUCCUGUCAGUAAUUCGUCCGUGAGCAAUCUAAAUUCACUGACACCGCGUAGCUUUGUCGUUUGAAACUCGGACCAUCGAUGAUUUUAGUGAUCUCGUGUUGCGGAAUUUGGAUUGCUCGAAAGAGUAUUUUCUAUCGACUAUCGUAUCUGCGAAGAUACAAUGGGAGAUUCGGCGGACACGUUGUUUGGUAACUUAAGUUAGGAGGACUUUAUUUACAAUUUGCAUAACCACUCAGCCUUCGGGUGAUUAUGUGUUUUUGUACACGUUCCACGUACUCCGUUUUCUUUGGCAAUAUUAAAAGAUCGACGAAAAUACAUUCUA